GUCAGCGCCCCGGCGCGCGCACGCGCACCCUCGCUGCCUGUGGGUGCGCGCCCCGCGCAGUCGGUCGGUCGGUCGUCCGUCGUCCUGUCUCCGCAGCCGCCUCAGGCGCCACCCGAGGGAGCCGUCGCCGUGGGACGCGACCCGACCGGACCCGAGCGUUCUUCCCGAGGCCGGCCCGGGGCCCAGCUGCCGAUCGUGCGGAGCCGAGCAACUUCGGUUGGCCUGCACAUUGAGCCAGCACGUCCACACAAGUUGCCUUUUGACAGAGCUAUGGCCAUGGCUGCAUAGUAGGACCAGCACCCCGGACCCUGAGGCCAGAAUGAGUGAAGAAGCAUGUCGAACCCGCAGUCAGAAGCGAGCCCUUGACCCCGACCUCACAGAGGAUGAUGUGGAGAGCAAGAAAAUGAAAAUGGAGAGAGCACCAUCAGAGCUGACCGUGGACGGAGACACCAGGGGGAUGCCUGAGCCAGGUGUGGGCCCAGCCCAGGGGUUGCUGAAGACAACAGAGACCACGGCCACAGGAUCAGGCGAAGGGCUGGUAGGAGAUGGGCCUGUGGACAUGCGCACCUCACACAGUGACAUUAAAUCUGAGAAGAGACCUCCCUCACCUGAUGUGAUCGUGCUCUCUGACAGUGAGCAGCCAUCAAGCCCAAGGGCGAAUGGGUUGACCACAGCAUCCUUGAAGGAUACCAGCACUGAGGCGCUCCUGAAAAGCAGCCCAGAAGAGCGAGAGCGGAUGAUCAAGCAGCUGAAGGAGGAGUUGAGGCUGGAGGAAGCAAAGCUGGUUCUGUUGAAGAAGCUACGACAGAGUCAAAUACAAAAGGAAGCCAUAGCGCAGAAGCCUGCAGCUUCCUCAGGGAGCUCCGUGACCACCCCUCCCCCACUUGUCCGGGGUACUCAGAACAUUCCUGCUGGCAAGACAUCACUUCAGACCUCUUCUGCUCGAAUGCCUGGCAGCAUCAUCCCACCGCCACUGGUCCGGGGUGGGCAGCAGGUGUCUGCCAAGCUGGGACCACAGGCCAGUUCCCAAGUGGUCAUGCCACCACUUGUCAGGGGGGCCCAGAUUCACAACGUCAGACAGCACCCUUCCACAGGGCCACCACCCCUCCUCCUAGCCCCCCGCGCCUCAGUGCCCAGCAUGCAGAUUCAGGGACAGAGGAUCAUCCAACAGGGACUUAUCCGUGUUGCCAAUGUCUCUAAUACCAGUCUGCUUGUCAACAUCCCUCAGCCCACCGCAGCCUCACUGAAGGGGACAACAGUUGCCUCUGCUCAGGUCAGCUCCACCCCAACCAGUGUGGCCUCUGUGGUUGCAUCUGUUGAGUCUCCAGCCAGCCGGCAGGCUGCUGCCAAGCUAGCACUACGCAAGCAGCUGGAGAAGACACUGCUCGAGAUUCCACCUCCCAAGCCCCCUGCUCCAGAAAUGAACUUCCUGCCCAGUGCUGCCAACAAUGAGUUCAUCUACCUGGUUGGUCUGGAGGAGGUGGUGCAGAAUUUGCUGGAGGCGCAAGCGGGAAGGAUCUCUGCCAGCACAGCUUCUGCUAUGUUAUCCCGGGAGCCUUACAUGUGUGUUCAGUGCAAGACGGACUUCACAUGCCGCUGGCGGGAGAAGGGUGGAGCCGUUCUGUGUGAAACCUGCAUGACGUCCAACCAAAAGAAGGCACUCAAGGCGGAGCACACCAGUCGGCUGAAGGCUGCCUUCGUGAAGGCACUGCAGCAAGAGCAGGAGAUGGAGCAGCGGCUGCUGCAGCAGGGUGUGGGUACCGCCAGCACCAAGGCUGAGGCUGCAGCCCCACAUCCCACGCUGAAGCAGGUCAUAAAGCCCCGACGUAAAUUGGCGUUUCGCUCAGGAGAGGCCCGUGACUGGAGUAACGGGGCUGUGCUACAGGCUUCCAGCCAGCUGUCCCGGGGCUCAGCCACAACACCUCGUGGCGUUCUGCACACCUUCAGCCAGUCACCCAAACUGCAAAAUGCAGCCUCAGCUACGGCCCUGGUAAGCAGGACUGGCAGACAUUCCGAGAGAGCUGUGGGCACCAGCAAGGGCACCACCUCCAACUGGAAAAAGACACCCCUGAGCACAGGUGGAACCCUUGCCUUUGUCAGCCCGAGCUUGGCAAUGCACAAGACCUCUUCGGCUGUAGACCGUCAGCGAGAAUACCUCCUGGACAUGAUCCCUCCACGCUCCAUUCCCCAAUCAGCCACAUGGAAAUAAUGGGAGCCCGGCCCAGCUGAGGACAGGCCCUCUGCUCUCCACUGCUCCUGGUCUAGGACACGCAGACCGCCCUCCUAACAAGUUGCCUGAGACAGCUCAGGCCUUGGCUAUUUAGCCUUGCGGUGGCCAGAAGAGUGUGCUACCAUGGUGCCCAGGAUCAGAACCAAGGACUUUCCCCGUGGGCCUUCCCUUCCUUUUUGCCUUUAGUUUGCCCGACACCAGCAGAAACUCGGACCUUGGGGCCAGCUCUGCCUGGCCAGCAUGGGUGGGAGCUCACCCUGGACACUGACACGCCCAGGCCAGGCUGGCGCCAGGGGCUCCCAAAGUUGAACUGGGGUUUGUUUUCUUUCAGCUUUUCCCAUCUUCACUCCCCAGUCUCUGCCUCCUCAUGGCAUCUAUAGGUUGAAGUUUGGGUUUUUGUGUUUUCUUCUUUAAUCACUUCACGAUGAUGGAAUGAAAAGUAAACUGUGUAGACCCAGGGUCCCUGUUGUGCACAGUGUAGUCCCUAGCCCCAGAGGAUGCUCUGAGUGGCAGCAUGCAGGGAUGGCGGAUGCCACUGUGGCUCCAGUUGUGUCUGUUGCUGCUUGCUGCAACCCCUGGCUUCCACACUUAGAACAAAUCGCAGCCCAGACUUUACCAGAGACUCUGAGGUUCCAGGGGAUGCUGGGCCCACCGCUGGAACCAGAGCUGGCUGCUAGGUUACUUUUGUGCUUUAUUUUAUUAAAAUUUCUUUCCUUUCUCUCUUCAUUUUGAUGGGCCAAUCUCAAGGUGCCCUAGAGGCACCCAGGUAGGCGCAGACAGACCUGUCUACCCUGGGGUCAUCCGGGUGGUUCACCUCUGGCUCCUCAGUCCACAGGGAAGUCUUUGAAAGGCCAGGUCUACUUUAGUUUUAUUUUCUUUCCUCUCUCACCCCCCACUCUUUAAAAAUUGGUUCCAUGGUGAAAGGGCAGAAGCAGCUCAUACAGGGUGGCCUGCAGCAAUCUGCAGUGAUUGGUCACUGUCAGAUCCUGAGCAGCCCUGGCUUCGUUCAACACAAUAGUUAGGGACUUUAAUUUAAACCCUUGUUCUGCAGACCACCACCCUCUGCAGACACGCCCCUGCCUCCUCCUAAUAAAGGCUCAUUUAACCCCA